AUGGUGCAGUUCCUGCUCUCCCGCGGGGCGGACGUCCACUGCCAGGUGGGAUUCUCGUGGGAUGGGCCGACGGCGUUCAAUAUGGCUAUCAGACAUGGCCAUGAGCAGGUGGUCAGGGCGCUACUAGAGCACCAUGACGAUGGACCCGACUUCCACAGAGGUUUCCAAACUGCCAUUAUCGAGAGCAAGCCCGAUAUUGUCCGACUCUUCCUGUCAAUCCAUCAUGACAAGCACGGCCAGGAUCCUCACUAUAGCUAUGAAUGCAACAUGCUUGCGUUUGCGGUGGAGCAUGCUGAAGGGGACACUAGUCUUGAGAUCUUCAAACUAUUUCUUGAUCAUGGUUUUAACGAGGAGGAGGCCUUUGUCGCGGCGGUGCGGUCCUAUCAAAGCGCCAUUAUUGACCUCCUCCUUGACCGCGGCGUUGACCCUGAUGACUGUCAAGGAAAUGAGUGCAGUUGA